AUGUAUUCCUCUCCAGGCGCCCGCAAGUCCAUGGACACCAUUUCGUCCAUGUCUCCUCCGGCCACGCGCACCGAGUUCCCGUUCCACAAACAAGGGCAGGCUCACACUUACAAUACCGCGAGACGAGGCUCGAAUGCGAGCUCCAUACACUCGAUAGGGGGGUCUCUCGAUACUUCAUCCAGUACCUGGGCAAAUGCGGUGCUGGAAUCUGGCCAAAACGCCAUAUCAACCUUACUGCAACCGCCCAUCGUUCGGACGGGCCUGCAGCCUCAUACUUCUGCUCCUGCGUCCAGCGCGCACAAACCUCCUACCGCUCGAGAUAUUCCUCCUGUCACUUUAACGAACAUUCCGCACAUCGACCCGGCCGAGUUCAAGCCGUACUUGUCGCAAGUUGGCGCCCUGUACGAACAGCUUCGGCGAGUCAAGGAACAAGACGAUGACAGGCCUGGUUCCUCAGGUCGUCGGUCGAGCAAACACGACGAGUUCGGGGACUCCAUUGAUGAGAGUCAUCUUAAGCCCGCAGGCCGGCAGCCCCCGAGGCGGAAAUCUUCCAUUGCAUCAAUAACGUCCAUCUCCUCUCUCGAAGGCCCAGGUCUUUUGCGACGAUCCAGUUCAGGCUACAGUAGAAAGGGCGCGCAUGGCCCGCCUCCAUUGUCGACGAUACCCAACGUAUACUUUGACGAUGACUUUCAUUUGGAGAACCCAAGGACUUUCGAUGUAGUCAGUGAGAGGUCAGAGGUCGUUCCGCCUGCACCGGGGAGCGUAGACAGCAGAAAUGAUGGCAAUGGCAAUAUUGUAGCACCACGAAAGGCCUUGGCCACCAACGCCAUUUUACAGGAGAAACUCUCCUGGUACAUGGAUACAAUCGAGGUUCAUUUGAUCAACUCUAUUUCGACAGCGUCGACGACAUUUUUUACAGCUCUUGGCUCAUUGCGGGAGCUCCAUUCGGAAGCCGCAGAGUCGGUCGAUCGGAUCAAGGCGCUCCGUAAGGAACUCGAAGCUCUAGACGAGGAGAUUGCCACCAAGGGUCUGAACAUCGUCCAGAAGCGCCGGCGGAGAGAAAACGUACAGGCUCUCAACGAUGCGGUUCUCCAACUGAAACAUAUCGUUGAGGGUGUUGCAUCGUGCGAGGCGCUGGUAGAUGCUGGCGAGGUUGACAAGGCUUUGAGUAAUAUUGACACUCUCGAGCUUCUGAUAGCUGGUGAGCACGACGAUUCGCCCGAGGCUGAACCUCCAAUACUACCACUGGCACGGAUGAGGGAUCUCAGGGGAGCGACGGCUCUGCAAAGCGUCAACGACGACCUUCAACAGCUCCGGUCUCGAAUCGGAAAAGCCUAUGAGACCAAGUUCCAGAGCUUGUUACUAGCUGAUCUCCGGAGGCACGUUGAAUCGGUCCAAAGUCGGGAAGUCCUUCUUCGCUGGGGCAGCUCAUCACUGCGGGCAAGGGGGGGCGCCUCAAGGGAGUCUGCCGGCCCACCGGCCUAUCUUGCCUCUACACAAGAACUACGCAAAGCAAUCAUGCCCAAUCUUCAUGGUCUGCACAGAGCUCACCACAUAUCCGCUGCGAUCGCAGCAUAUCGGGAGAUUGUUCUACGUGAGAUAAAAAAUCUCAUCAGGAGACCGCUACCUAGCUCCAACGAUGACGAUAACGAGUCAAUGAUGUCCGCCUCGACCAUGAGCGGCGGAAAACAUCUCUCGAAUCAGGAAAAGUCGUCCAUUUUGUCUAGAAACCUAAGGGCACUAGACCCCAAGGAUGCAGAGGACUUACUCAAGUCGAUAUACAUUGGCGUGACCGAAACCCUCCGGCGGUUGACUACCCAGGUCAAGGUUCUUCUCGAUAUUGCAAGCUGCCUGACAGAGGAAGCCACAGCAGCUGGUCUGAAGUCGCCACCGAUUCGCUCCCCACUCGCGAGUCCCACACCUUUCGACCGGGAGUUUCCUCGAUUCGACGAGUCUCCGAGUUUCGAGGUCCAAGAAGAGAUUCACAAGGCAAUGGAUAUUGCCAACUUGGUCGGACAGGCCGUCGAUGUUGCGCAGGAUAAGAUUGUCAGGGUUUUGAAAGUCCGAUCGGAGCAGAGCACGCAUCUUAGCCUGUCCUGGUUCCUUCGCUACUUUACUCUCAACCUAUUCUUCGCCAACGAAUGCGAAGCGCUCUCAGGACGCAGCGGCACGGCACUCAAGACGUUGGUCAACGGCCAUAUCAAGGACUUUGUACAGCAACAUGGCGACGCAGAGAAGCAGAAGCUUGCUCAAGGCAUGGAAUCCGACCAAUGGAGCGCCAAAGAUUUCGAUGAGAAGAAUAAGGCUUUACUUGACCAGGUACUCGAAAGUAGUACCAAGGAUGCUGCGGCGUGGUCGGAAGGGACGAAAAUUUGGGAAGAGAAUCCGGACGAGGUUGUGUCGAAUGGAAGCGCAGUACCGCCUCCCGAGACGAACGGCACCAGUGGUAAAGAAAAGGCGCGUGUCGCAGAGAUUGAAAGCGAAACUUUCUUGCUCCCCAAUUCUGCCAUACUUGGUCUCGAAGGCAUCUCGCACUUCAUGCAUCUCAUCGGCAGUAUUCCUUCCAUGGCAAUUGACGUCGCCAGUUCCCUUAUUGGCUAUCUGCAGCUCUUCAACUCCCGCUGUACCCAGCUCAUUCUUGGUGCAGGUGCCACUCGGUCUGCCGGUCUCAAAAACAUCACGACCAGGCAUUUGGCAUUGGCAUCUCAGGCUCUGUCGUUCAUCGCAACACUGAUACCCCACAUUCGGGAAUUUGUGCGACGCCACGCCGGCUCUGGAGCCAGUGUUUCUAGUCUGAUGGGAGAAUUCGAUAAGGUUAGGCGCCUUUUCCAAGAGCAUCAGAACAGCAUUUACGACAAGUUGGUCGAGAUCAUGAGCGGUCGCGCGGCACAGCAUUCGAAAUCCAUGAGAGCAAUCGACUGGGACCACGACGGCAGCCAGUCGACCCAUCCGUACAUGGAGACGUUGGCCAAGGAAACCACGACCCUACACCGCGUGUUGACCAAGCACCUACCCGAGACCUCGGUACAGCUCAUCAUGGGACCUGUUUUCUCAAGCUACAAGGACCAGUUCGGUAGGGUCUUUGAAGUGGCAGAUCCGAAGACGGUCAUCGGCCGCGAUAGCAUGCUCCGGGACGUGGAUUUCUUCAUCACGAAGCUGGGCAAGCUUGACGGGUUCGGAGACGCGGGCGAGUACUUGAAGAGCUUCAUCAACGCCAAGGAAAUCAAGAGCACCGUCGCGUCACCGCCGCCGGAGAAGCAGGCGGCGGCGGCGGACGGGGGGUCGGAGACGACGGUCUCGGCUAGGAACUCGACUGCUGAGCCGGAGAGCCGGCAGAGCGCGGACGACUCGGGUAAGACGGAGUCGCCGCCGUCAGGGGCAGGAGAGGAGGAGACUAAGCAGGCAUCGUGA